AUGACGCAGUUCCUGCCCCCCAACCUUCUGGCCCUCUUUGCCCCCCGGGACCCCAUCCCGUACCUGCCCCCCCUGGAGAAGUUACCCCACGAGAAGCACCACAACCAGGGGUGGGCCCCGCCGACGCGCGCCGAGACGCGCGAGGAGCGCAUGGAGCGCAAGCGGCGGGAGAAGAUCGAGAGAAGGCAGCAGGAGGUGGAGUCCGAGCUCAAGCUCUGGGACCCCCACAACGACCCUAACGCUCAAGGAGAUGCCUUCAAAACCCUGUUCGUGGCCAGAGUGAAUUACGACACGACGGAGUCGAAGCUGCGCCGAGAGUUUGAGGUUUACGGCCCCAUCAAGAGGAUCUACAUGGUGUACAACAAGCGCUCGGGGAAGCCACGUGGCUACGCCUUCAUCGAGUACGAGCACGAGCGGGACAUGCACUCCACCUUUGAGAUGGCUUUUGCCACUGCUGGCUUGCAGCUGAUCCUAGUGCUCCCCCCUCCACACCUCAGUGUAUGGUUGGUAUAAGGGUUUGUAUCCUGGUAAGACCUUGGUACCCCCCCCCGCCCCCAAAACACCCCCCACGCCGGGCUGGGGGGGGCUGGGGGGAGCGCUGACCCCCCCCGGGCCCCCCCACCCCGAGGGCAGCUCAGCAGGUUGGUUGGUUUUUAUUUUUUU